AUGGCUGAGGAAACAUUAGCAUUUCCAGCUGCAACCAGAAGCACCUCCAGCACGAGCACAGCCACCACAAGCACCUGUUGCCCUGGCCCCAAGGAGGUGGACAUGAAAGAUCACAGGGCCAGAAAAGAAAUUGCGAGAAACCGAGGAGCUGAAAAAGACAAAAAAAAAAAAGCUCCCCUUCCACAAGCACCGCCACUGCCAGAACAAGCAGAGGCAAAAGGGCACAAUCUUUACAAGAAGCUUUUUGGCCCAGGGGAGAAGGUUGGCUCCGUGGCGGCUCCGCCCGGCGCCCCGCGACGCAUGGCGAUGGGACAAGGCGAAUCUUGUGGCCUUCGUUCCUCCAAGAGCCAGGAUGUUCGCCCCGCCACUGCCCGCGCCGCCAGCCCCGCGCAGCCACGGCAGGUCUCGCCGCGGCCGGCACCCCGCCGGACCGGGCAGAGCCUCACAGCGCCCGCCAGCAGACCUGCGGCCGUAACCCCCACCCCGCCAGCGCCGGCUGCCCGGGGCGUGCGGGAAAGGAGUUUGGGCAGCAGCCAACGCAAUUUGGCGAGACCUCAAACUGCCAGGGCCGCCAGACCUCAGAGUGCUAGGAGAACUCAAACUCCGACGGUAAGACCACAGAGUGUGAGAAGAUCUGAUGGUGACACGCUGGGUCGAAGCCAAUCUCGAGUUUCACCAAGGCCUACAAGGUCCUCGAGCACGACGCUGUCGUCCCGUGGGACCCUUGGGACCUCCAAGAGCGCCAGCCAGUUGAUGCGCACUGGUAGCGGGACACCAGGAUCUCCUGCAACAGCCAUGGACUUGCCAUCGGUGGAGGAAUUGAAACGAAUGAUCGCAGAAACUAAGAAGGAGGUGCUUGGAAGUGCUGCUUGGGGGUGCGCGAAAUCCGUGCCGCGGGGCCCUGAGAUCACUGUUACGACACCAGAAAACAUCCAGGAGCGGAAGGACAAGCUGGCGCAGACGAUUGCCACCCAAAGUGAGCUUCGCGAAUGGCGCUGGAAGCAGGCUGAAGGAAUGAAGGCCUUGGCAGUGCAAAGGGCGCAGGAAGCCAAGGUGAACGAUCUCCAGGAGUCCAAAGACUUUUUGAAAUUCAAGCGCGAAGCAAAGCUCAGGACCAAAGAGGAAGAGUUGCAGCUGCAAACUGAGGUCUACCACGACCGCAAGAAGGACUCUGCAUGGAAUGUCGCCAGGGCGCAAGAAGCCGUGGAACAAGAACAGGCCUUAGUGCGUGAGAAGGUGGAUCAUGUCCAGCACCUGCGGGAGGAGAAGAAGCAAAGAGUGGAGCAGGAGAAAGUCUCCACAGCGCAGGAACACGCGCUGCAAGAGCACCUGGACGUGGCGCACUUGGCCAGACAGCUGGCCGCCGAGAAGGAGCGGCUGCUGGAGAAUUUGCAGUUCAGCCGCAGCUGUUUGCAAGCUCCCCUGAGGCGAAGGUAG